GUAUAACAUAACUUCAUAGAGAUGCACUAUUUGAUGGUACUAGUCCUGAUUGCUAUUUUGGCCAUGGCCUUUGUGAAUGCAAACCCAGUUCCGGAUCCGAACGGAGAAGUGCUCGUCAUUGUCAACCAAAAAGUCCCAGAAGAUUGUUUCACUUCAACUACGAAUUGGUAAACCCUUUAUAAAUUAUAUCCAAUAAAGGGUUUAUGCAAAUUGUAUAAUAAAUAAAUAUUAUGACGGUUAACGGGUAAAUAAAUAUUUACUGAACUUCGUAACAGAAAUAAAAUAAAUAUUGGCAGUACCUGCAUUUUA